UUUCUCAUAAUUGUCUUGCCGAUGAAUUAAUGGCCUUAAUGAAAACGUAUAAACCAGGUUCAAUUUCUACCUCUAGUUAUAUCCUACAACUAAUACUUGUCGUAGCUGAUGAUGAAAUUUGGGAGACAAUAAUUGCAUUUUAUGAAAAGCUUACGGUAGUGCUAAUAAGUGAAAUAUUGUCAAUUCGUCGUGAUUUCGCCGGAAUGAAGGAAUAUUGCGAUGUACUACUUGAAUGGCAGGAAAAUCAGUUGCCCAGUUGUUCAAGGCCUGCAGUUAACUUAUCUCAUGUCGACAAAAAUACCAUUUUUCCUUUGAAAUCGUUAAUAGAUGAAGGAAAAAUUGGAAAUUCUGGAUCGUUAUUUGAGUCAAUAAAAAGAUCAUUUGGGAUACAGAAAGACCAUAUAAUUGACUCAUAUACGGCAUCAUCUGCGGUUAUGUCGAUUCUUACAUACUACCCUGCUCCAAGUCUUGGCACUGAAAGUGGACCAUCUGAAAGCCACUCCAAAAUUCAACUUUGGAGCAGGAUACUAGCUGAUGUAUUCCUUCACAAUUUGGUUCGGUUCGAACCUAUUUGGGAAUACCAUCAGCUAGUUCCUGGUCAUGGUGGAAGGGGUUCUGCUUACCUUGACUUUGCAGCAGUUGUUAAGGAUUUCGAAAAAUAUGAUCGUGAAAUCCAUAAAGAUUACGCGGUUGUAGCUGCUGAGGCAUCAUUUGAACUCAAUCGCAUACUCUCGAUAACUCCGGAGUCAAAGGUGCCUGAAAUUAGGAUGCAUGUAGGUCUAAUAAGUAAUUCGGGUAUCCGCUUGGGGAUCCUAAGACCUUUCUACAAUGAUGACAAGACAGCCAUAUCAUUUUCUUAUGACCAAGAUGUUGUGACCUUCAAAUUGCAACAUGAUAAUGGUAAUCAAAAUGAUGCUGUCUUGGAUGCACUUAAACUUAUAGUUUAUUUGCGCGAAGUAGUUUGCAAAGAUGGCCUUGUCAUAAAGGACUUGGGAUUCAACUAUCUUUACACCGAAGUCGAAAAGAGUAAGAUACAUAGUAGAUAUUGA